AUGGCGCCGAAGAAGCGCGAGAAGGCGGCGGCGGCGCCUCUGAGCGCGUACGAGCUCGAGCGCGAGGCGCGCGUGAAGCGCAACGCCGAGAUCCUCGCGAGGCUGCGGAUUCCGACGCUCGCGGCCGCGACGCGGGACCCAGACGCGUCGGCGUCGUCCUCGGGGACGUCCUCGGACGACGCCGACGACGACGCGAACGGCGGCGCGAACGGCGGCGGCGACGACGCGCGGCGACGCGCGAAGAAGCUGAGAAAGAGGCGGCGCGAGAGGCACCGUGCGCGCGCGGAGGAGAAGGCACCCGGGCGAAGCGGAAGCGCCGCGACGAAUCGAGAUCGCGGCGAGCCGUCGCGGCGGUCGUCUCGACCCGCGGCGAUCACGUCGCGCGCGAACGGGAAGUACGCGGACGCGGCGGAGGACGACACGGACGACUCCGACGUGUCGUUCUACUCCUCGGACGAGGACGAAGACGCGGACGCGAGCGGCUCAGCGGACGACGACGACGACGACGAGGACGAGGAGGAGGAGGACGACGACGAGCUCGACGCGGACGGCGCGCGGCGCCCACCGACGCGGAAGCGGAAGAAGCCGUCGACUAAACCCAAACCUUCCUUCGCGGCGCCGACGAGCGAGAGAGCGCGCGCGGCGGCCGCGGCCGCGCGCGCGGCGUCGCGCCCGGUCGGGAUGUGGAGGAAAGGCGGCGAAGACGCGCCGGCGUUUAGAGCGCCGUACGAGACGGGAUCGGCGGCGGCGCCGGGGCGGGGGAGGGUCGUCCCGGGGCUCGGCGGCCGCGUGAUCCCUCCGCCGCCGCCGCCGCCGCGACCGAGCGCGUUCGCGGCGGCGGCGGCGAACCCGGCGAUGCGCGAGACGCCGCGUCCGGCGGAGCCCGACGGCGGCGACGUCGACCUCUCGGGGAAGACGAAGAAGAAGAAAAACGGAGCGACGCGUCGUCCGACGCCGAGUCUUCUCCACGCCGUCGCGAGCGAGGCGGACGUCCACGACGCGUGGACCGCGCUGCAGCCACCGUCGACGACCGUCGCGAUCGAGCGCGGGGCGAUGCGCGCGAGCGACGCGACGAUCGGCGCGUCCGAGCUGCGGGCGGCGGCGGACGCGCACGGGUUUUGUGACUGCUGGCGAGCAUGGUCGCCGUCGUCGCCAACGGCGGCGACGUCCCGGACACCGGCGGCGGCGCGGGCGAGGUCGUGCGCGCGGGGGAGAGGGCGCGCGUGCGCGCGGAGGAUUUACGAGGGUUCGUGGAGAGAGAGCGCGUGCGGCGGGCGUGAGUUGGGGGGUAGGGUGGGGAGGGAGUUCUUCGAGGCGCGAGGCGCCGACGCGAACCGACGAACGAACGUAGCGCGAGCGAAAAGUAGCACUAGGUAUCGACGAUCAGAUCACACGUCACGUCACCCGGCGCGCGUCGUCGUCGCGGUCGUCGUCGUCGUCUUCACGUGGCUUUUUUCUCUUCCUCGGCGUCUCGUUUCCGCGGGGACAUAG